AUGGCUAACAACAAAGAAGCUUUCAACAUCUCAGAUCUCAGUUCCGCUCUCAAUGAAGAGGAUCGGGCUGACCUAGUCAACGCUCUCAAGAGUAAGAUACAGAGUCUUGCUGGGCAGCACUCUGAUGUUCUGGAGAGUCUGUCCCCUGUUGUCAGGAAGCGAGUUGAGGUUCUCAGAGAGAUUCAGGGUGAACAUGAUGAAUUGGAGGCAAAAUUUUUGGAAGAGAGAGCUGCUCUUGAAGCCAAAUACCAAGUUUUGUAUCAACCAUUGUACACUAAGCGUUACGACAUUGUGAAUGGUGUUGCUGAAGUGGAAGGGGUAGCAGUUGAAACUACUGCUGCAGAAGAGGACAAAGAGAAAGGAGUGCCUUCAUUUUGGCUCAAUGCUAUGAAAAACAAUGAUGUCUUAGGUGAAGAGAUUACAGAGCGCGAUGAGGGUGCUCUCAAGUUUCUCAAAGAUAUCAAGUGGACAAGGAUUGAAGAACCUAAAGGAUUCAAACUUGAGUUUUUCUUUGAUUCCAAUCCCUAUUUUUCAAACUCGGUGUUGACCAAAAUCUAUCAUAUGGUUGAUGAGGACGAGCCUAUACUGGAGAAGGCUAUUGGAACUGAAAUUCAGUGGCUUCCAGGAAAAUGCCUGACCCAAAAGGUUUUGAAGAAAAAGCCCAAGAAGGGUGCAAAGAAUGCUAAACCAAUUACCAAAACUGAAACCUGUGAAAGUUUCUUCAACUUUUUCAAUCCACCAGAAGUCCCUGAAGAUGAUGAAGACAUUGAUGAAGAUAUGGCUGAGGAACUUCAGAAUCAGAUGGAACAAGACUAUGACAUUGGGUCAACAAUAAGAGAUAAGAUCAUCCCCCAUGCUGUAUCAUGGUUUACUGGGGAGGCUGCUCAGGGAGAGGAGUUUGGAGAUCUGGAUGAUGAAGAUGAGGAUGAGGACGAUGAUGGUGAGGAGGAUGAUGAAGAUGAGGAUGAGGACGAAGAUGAUGAUGAUGAAGACGAGGAAGAGACUAAGACUAAAAAGAAGAAGAGUGGAAUCGUGCAGCUUGGCGAUGGUCAGCAGGGUGAAAGACCACCAGAGUGCAAGCAGCAGUAA